GUCAUGCAGUUGUUGGUGUACUUCGCUGAUAAAUUAUGAUAUCGUUAAAUCAUCCGUCGCAUUUAGUAAUAUAUUUGCUUUAAACGUAAUCACCUCCGUUUUGUGGCAGAUAAUAAUGCGGACGUCUGCAAGAGUCGCGUUCUUGACGAUUUGCCAGAUUUAAUAUGUACAGUGGACUUCUGCCGCCGGGUCUCAGUGAGGCUGACCUGAGCUCUGAUGAUGAUGAUGAUGAAGGGGAAACAGCAGAAAACACACAAGGCGAGCAGCUCUCACAUCAGUCAGACACAGAGCCACAUUCGUCUUGUGUACAGGUUGAAUGUAAUAACACAAAAACUGGUUUGUACAAUGAUGCAUUGGAUGAUUGUCUUCCUGGAGUUUCCUUGGAUAAGUGGCAAAAGUUCAAAGAGCUCCAGCAAGCAAAAGAUGAUCAGAGAAUGAAGGAACCACAAAUAAAGCGGAAAAGGAAAAGGCGCCACAAGAAAGGUGGGACACAGAAUUGUGACACUGAGCAGAAAAGGGAGCCUGAAGAGAAACAGGAGGAGCACUGGAAGGAGCUCACGCAGUAUUUUGGCAUCAAUGAUAGACUCAAGCCGCCUCCUUGUAGCAGACCUCCUUGCAUGUCAGGCCUGGAAAAGAGCAUAGAGAGUGCCAUCGCUGAAGGGGACUAUGGGAAGGCGGAAGAACUGAGUGACAGACUUGCUACUCGAGAGCUGGCCGUGAAAAUUGCACAAGCCGCCGAUUGCCGUGACUUCGCCCGCACCAAACAGGAAGCGGAGGCUUCCCAGGCAGCCCGAAAAAGGAGGAAGCAAAUCGCUUGGGGGUUUGAAGCAAAGAAAAGAUGGGAAACCAAAAGCAAUAUGGGAUUCAUGUGACAUUCGCUGCAGUUGAAACGUUUCUAAAAAGGGAGGGCACAUGUCAUCACCUGUGAGGUGCUAAUUACACUCAUCUUGCAGAAGUCUUCACAGUGAACGUCUCGUCUGCUGAAAGAUCUUUUCACCAUUCCAGGAUCACGCCUUACAUCACGGGACUGAAAUUCACACACAUUUACAAAGCAAAGGCUUGUGCAAAAUAUUUUUAUUGUUGCAUUGCGCAACAGCCUGAAGAAUGUUUCCAACAGCAUUGUGAGGUUUGCCAGAGACAUUUAUAAUUAUUAGUUAUAAAACACACUGUCAGACAGUUUUUGUCGUGAAGUGGUAAGUGAUGUUUAAAGUUAAUGCAAAUAUAAAUUAUACUAUAAUAAGUGACCCUAUGUAGUUUCCUGCAGAAUUUGUGAACUUUUUGUUGCAGCAGGGGAGCUCAUAUCUAUACAUAUAAACUAGUUUUUAAAAGUUAUUUUAAAUUGUAAUAAUAUUUCUCAAUAUUACUGCUUUUACUGCAGCCUUGGAGACCUUUCAAAAACAUUGAAAAUUCUUAUGGGACACGAUCUUUUGAAUGGUAGUGUAUAUAUGCAAGUAUAUAAAUAUUCAUUAAGAAUAAUAAAUUAGGCUCAUAAAUAAUUUGUUUUGGUAAUUGAUUGGUGGUUGAUUGAAGUGGAAGCUACAUUGAUUGUGCUGUAUGUUUUUGAUUUAAAAUUUUUUAUUCAGA